AUGGGGUGCUCCCUAAGAAUUUUAACGCAUAACGAACCUCGCACUAUAGUUGAAAGAGGGCGCCGCCGUCUGUGGCUGUCCUCCUCCUUUCCAACCGCUCCGCGAUGCUCGCUCGCCUUCGUAGUUCGCCGCGAUGCUCUCCUCCCCUUGUUACAACUCCACCUUCUGCGCGACCUCUUCUCCUCCUCGUUAGCCGAUGGCGCAUCUCCUGACACCCGCUUGAUGGUCGAAUACCUGGUGAAGUCUUGCGGGUUCUCCGCCACCGAGGCGGCCGAGGCCUCUAAAACCCUAGCCCACCUUCGAUCGACAGAGAAACCCGAUGCCGUCCUCACCUUCAUGAGAUCCCAGGGCUUCGAUGGCGCACCUCAGAAAGAUGAUAACUUGGAAGCCUGGCUGGAUUCCUCUGCUGGGAUGUGGAGAAGAACCUUGCCCCAAAGUUUCUAUCUUUACGCAGCAUGGGCUUCUCGGACUCCGAACUCGUUGAAUUCAUCCUGUCGAUUUCCCUUGACGUCCACCGUUCCCUCCUCCCCAAGUUGGAGAUGUGGGAUGAAGUGUUUGGAUCACGGGAGCUCCUCCUCGAGCAUGUCAAAUCAAGAGGCGACGUCGUACAAGUUCCAUUCCCUUGUAACGAUACAAGAUGCAAAAUUUGUGGAGAAGUUUGUUCUCAGUUACAAAGAAAAUGUUCCUGAGCUGCUUGACAUUUAUAAGUUGCGACUGGUAUUUUCUUGCGCCAUCAGCGUUGCAAGCGCUGCUACGAUGCUGCCCUCGGUCGUUCGCCGCAGGAGCCUCCUGCCCUACUUCCGACCUUGUUUCCUAGGGUGUCUCUUCUCUUCCUCCUCCACCGCCAACACCGCCGCUGCCUGCCGCAGUCCCCCGGAACUUCUUGCCUUGUCUGAAUACCUCGUGAAGUCCUGUGGGUUAUCCGACGCCGAGGCCUUAAGGGCCUCCAAGGCCCUCGUCCAUUUCGGAACCACCAAGAAAGCCGACGUCGUCCUUGAUUUCUUGAAAUUGCACGGCUUCGACGGUUCCCACAUCAAGAAAUUGGUCCAGAUUUACCUUAGGUGUCUAUGUUGCAACGUGGAGGAUAAUCUCGCCCCAAAGUUUCAAUCUUUCCGCGAAAUGGGAUUCUCGGAGACCGACCUCGUCGUGAUCAUCUUCAUAGAGAAGACGGUACAGCCUAAUCUUAAUUUCUUUAGGAAUGAGUGCGCUCUUUAUGCUCUCUCCAUGGUCAGCAAAGAAAGAGUCGAGGCCAAGGUCAAGCUCAUGAUGAGCUCUGGGUGGUCAGAGUCAGAGUUCUCCAAUGCUGUCAGGAAGAUGCCGGCCUUCUUAUCUAUUUCCCAGGAGGCUCUGCGGAGAAAGAUGGAAUUUUUGACCGAGGAAGUUGGGUACAAGCCUUCCUGCAUCGCCGACCAGCCAUUGAUUUUGUGCUAUAAUCUGGAAAAGAAGCUGAUUCCUCGGUUCCGUGUGAUGGAGCUGUUGAAGUCGAAAGGGUUAUGGACUGCAAAAUGCAAUCUAACUUCCUUAGCAGUAUUACCAGAUAAGAAGGUUAUGGAGAAGUUUGUUAUGCCGUAUAAAGAAAAGGUCCCUGAGCUGCUUGAAAUUUUGGGACUUGCUGCUGAGAAGGGAUCGUCACCCUCCUCUUUUGAAUUCUGAAAAUAGCAUGUGAAGGGCUUGCUUGAAUGUCCUUUCAGGUGUGAUAUUCUUCUUAUUUAAAUAGCUAACUAAGCAGUGACUUUCAGUCAAUCUUAUUGUAGCUUCCUAGUUGAUUACUCAAAUGUUCCUCUCUCUCUU